UCUAGCCAACAUCACACCGAACCGAACCUGUUCGACUGUGUAAUGUGUGAUUAGACCUUUUAUUAUAGCUGUAUUAAAUAUAUGAGAGAAUUGUUUAUAAAAAAUUACGUUAAAUUUCAGUUAUAUACAAAUUAAAACAUAAAUCAUUCGAAAUUCUUAUUAGUGUGAAAAUCUAUUAUUUGAUCAAUUUUUCAGUACUGACUUUUGCUUUCAUUUUUACAUCACCAAAUAAGAUCAGUACGUUUGACAAUUUAUUUCCUGUACCACGAAUUAAAGAUCUGGUAAAUACACCAUGGAUGAAGAUACUGUUCCCUCCACUUCAAGAUCGAGAACUGAAGAAAAGCUCGAGAGAAGAAAAGAAUGGAGACGUCAGCAAGAGCUAGAACAGGAACAUGAGAGAUUGAGAAGACAAAAAAUUGAGGAAUGGGAAAGAAAACAGGCGCAAGAGCUGGGUAAAAGAAGCCCUAGUGACUCUCCUCCUCCUCGUCACACAGGAAGAUCAGGAAGAUCACCGGAUCAAUAUCUAUCUACCUUCAAAGAAAAUUUAAAUAAACUUUCUGGACCUUGGUUUAACGGUCCAAAAGAUCAACCCAUUAACAGAAAAGAAUUACGUCGUAUUAAAGUUGAUAUCCGCAGAAACAUUCCUGUGAAAGGACCUAUUCCUGAAAUAAAACGAGAUAUACUUAAUCCUGAUGAUGUGGUUAUUUCGAGAAGAAAUGGAGAAGGAUGUAAACCGAUAUUUGAUAAAAUAGAAAUAAAACAAGGAGCAAUUAAAGAUGACGAAAAAAAGAAACACCGUACAAUUAUAACCACAAGAAAAAUUCAGUUAGAUUCUGAAACAAACAAAAUGCGAACUUCAAGAAAGAGGUCUCUAUCACCAAACUCAAGUAACAGAAGAAACAGAUCAAAACAAUAUAAAGUUUGUGAGAAAAAUUAUACAGAUAUAGAUGAAGAGGAUACAGAUAUAGAUGAACGGCGUACUAAGCGUUCACGUUCUAAAGAACUGAAACGCAACUCACACUGCAGAUGUGGUGGAUGUGAAAAAUCAUAUAAACAUUCUCGUAAGAGUAAAGAUACAGAAAGGAACAGAGAUAGAUAUAGAAAUAAAAACAGAGAUCAAGACACUGACGAAGAUGAAGAUCGAGACAGCGACAAAUACAUCACAUGGAAAGACAUAAAGAAUUGCAACAAACUACUGAAGCUGUCUUCAGCAAAUUCUUUCCAUCCCUAUAAUUUUCCACCUCCGAUCCCUAUAAUAGGCCCCAUGUUUCCACCAAGAGGAUUUAGACCAAUUGCUUGUGUACGUAGAUAUCCUUAUCCUUAUCCAGUAGGACCAAUCGGACCACGAUGUCCUAAUCCGACUAGAUAUAGAUACGAUGCUCCUAAUAGAAUGUAAUCUAAGUGUAAAA